ACAGAUGUGGAAGCCGAAGCUAGCGUUGCUGCCGAAUGCAGUCUUAGUUUAUCAUUCAGACGUGUCUUAACAAGAUAUGACGCAAGCUUUCCGGUAGUAAAGUUCAAGAAUACGUUUACGGAAUACCUUCUACUAUUGCGAGGUAAUGUCAGUUUAUUUUCGUGCCCCAGACCGCAAGCUUCCCUUCUCGGGGUAGAACUAGCUUAGCUAGCCGCUAGCCCCAUCUCAGCCGGUCACCGACGAAACUACAGAGUUAGGUAAAGAAAAAAUCGUGUUUUUUAGUGAUUUUUUGUAAAAUGUAAAUAUUAUUUUCGCUAAAUUACACUUUAAAAAAAAUUAGGGGUUUCCCUGCUAGCUAACUAAAGAGUAAACCCGAGCAAGGGUUACAGAAUGGGACCGCAGGGGUGUGGACUGGUAUGAGACAAAUAUUUAACCAGUUAACUAGCCAGCUGGUCAGUGGCUAGCUAAAUAUUUGGCGAGAAGCUAACUGGAGACCUGAACGAUGUUGUCCUCUAUUGGAAUCUGUGAGCAGAAGUGUCUGGCAACGGUAAAGGGACAUGAGCUGAGGGCAGGGCAACGAGAACCUCGACUCUUGUCUCUGCUCGAGAGUUCAGGACAGUUCACGUUGAGUGUUCUGGCGAAUCCUGAUGCAGUCAUAUCCAGUCCGGUACCUCAGUUGUCCAUACCAAUCAAUAGGCAUUUCCAUGUAGUACGUGCAGAGGAGGCUCUUCUCAUUGACCUCUCCAUAAGCACGACGCUCAGGAUCCGUAUUCAAGGCGAGCAUGCUCCAGAGCUCCUGCUGGAGUUACAGGAUGAUGAACGCAGUCACACUUUUUUCCAGCAAGUGAUGAAGGCUAAGCACCAAGUUGAUGGAAAAAGUUCACUGCCGAAGAAGAUGGAGCCUGUUGUUUCUGUCCCAGCUAAAAGCUCUGUCCCAAUCCCCCCUCAGAGAAGCAUCUCCAAAGCAGUCAGCGGUUCAUCCAAGGCCAUGAUACAAGGCAAUAUCAACAGUAACCGUCAAGGAAAGACUUUAAACUCUGAUUCUGUAGACUCUCCAUGCCAACUGGUGACAGACUUUGGUUUUGAAGAUCAUUUUAACCACGGCUUAAGAGUAGAGGAAAAGAAGAACAGACAAAAUCGGAUAGUUGCCCCAAGAGAAGCCCCUCCUCCACCCACGCCUCCUCUUCCUCCUCGGAAAGGCAGUUACUCUCUGUCUGUUGCCCCUGCUGCAGGCCUGCCUCCUAAAGAUAGACCUCCUCAGCUACAAAUGGCCACACCAGUUAGGCCAGAGCACAAUCACACUACAGAUCGAUCCACCUCUUGGUCAAACAGUCCAACUACGCAAACCAUGAGGCAGGCUAUGUUAAGUAACCAGACAGGCCAGAGAGAGGGACUUCUCAAAUACCGUUUAGGCAAGAAGGAGAAGGAGUAUGUGGACAUCAAGGACUUUAGGCUUUUUGCAGGCACUUGGAAUGUGAAUGGUCAGUCUCCUGAUAGCAGGUUGGAACCCUGGUUGUGUUGUGAUCCUGAGCCUCCUGAUAUAUAUGCAGUGGGGUUUCAGGAGUUGGAUCUGAGCACAGAAGCUUUAUUGUACAUGGAUUCAUCCAGACAGCAAAUGUGGGUUGAUGCGGUGGAGCGGAGUCUUAAUUCCAGAGCCAGAUACAGACAGGUACGUCUUAUUCGGUUAGUUGGUAUGAUGCUGGUGGUGUUUGUCAAAAAAGAGCACAAAAACCACAUCAGUGAAAUUGCUGCUGAGACAGUCGGUACUGGCCUAAUGAACAAAAUGGGAAAUAAAGGAGGUGUGGCAAUUCGGUUUGUGUUUUACAACACCAGCUUUUGCAUUGUAAACUCCCACCUGGCAGCCCAUGUCGAAGACUUUGAGAGACGCAACCAGGACUAUAAGGAGAUUUGUGCCCGCAUGAGCUUUCACCUCAUGGAGCAUCCACCUCUCAGUAUAGUCAAACAUGAUGUGGUAUUUUGGUUGGGAGAUCUGAACUACAGACUGUUUUUAAAUGAUGCAGCUCAAGUGAAGAGGCUCAUUGCUGAUAAUGAGUUGCAGAAGCUUCAGGAGUAUGAUCAGCUGAAUAUCCAGAGAAAGACUAAACGCGCCUUCACUGACUUCAUGGAAGGAGAAAUCAGUUUUAUCCCCACUUACAAAUAUGAUGCAAAAUCAGACAGAUGGGACUCAAGUGGCAAAUGUCGGAUUCCUGCCUGGUGCGAUCGUAUUUUAUGGAGAGGUAAUAAUGUCAAGCAGCUGAGCUACCGCAGUCAUAUGGAGCUACAGACCAGUGACCACAAACCCGUUAGCUCUCUUUUUAGCAUCGGGGUAAAGAUGGUAAAUGAACAACGUUAUAAGAGGGUAUUUGAGGAACUAGUUCGUGACAUGGAUAGGAUGGAGAAUGACUUUCUACCCUCUUUGUCACUGACUCAAAGAGAGUUCCACUUUGAGAAUGUGAAGUUUCGCCAGCUACAGAAGCAGAGUUUUCUUAUUACCAAUGACGGUCAAGUGCCCUGCACAUUUGCCUUCAUCCCCAAACUCACAGACUCUCAGUAUUGCAAACCCUGGUUACGAGCAGAUCCCAACGAUGGCGUUCUUGACCCUAAUGAGACCAUUGAGAUAUCCUUGGAAGUAUAUGUGAGUAAAGACUCAGUAACAAUGCUCAACUCAGGAGAGGAUAAAAUUGAGGACAUCUUGGUGUUACACUUGGACCGGGGGAAAGACUAUUUCAUCACUGUGUCAGGGAACUACCUGCAUAGCUGUUUUGGAACUUCUUUGGAGUCGUUGUGCCGUAUGAAGAAACCCAUCCGCGAAAUUCCUGUUACCAAACUCAUCGACUUGGGAGAAGAUAGCUACACGGAGAAGGAGAAAUCCAAGAUGAAUUUCCUGCUGGAUAGUGGCACCACCGAGGACAAACCAUUAAAGAUCCCCAAGGAGAUCUGGCUGCUUGUCAACCAUCUUUUCACCAGGGCCUGUCACCAGGAGGACCUUUUCCAGACCCCUGGCCUGCAGGAAGAAUUGCAGAGUAUUAUUGACUGUUUGGACACCAGUAUUCCAGACUCCAUCCCUGGCAGUAACCACUCAGUAGCUGAAGCACUACUGAUCUUCUUGGAGGCUUUGCCUGAGCCUGUGGUGUGUUAUGAACUCUAUCAACGAUGUCUUGAAUCCUCACAUGACACUCGGCUCUGUAAACAGUUAAUAUCACAGCUCCCCAGAGCACACCGCAACGUGUUCCGCUACCUGAUGGCUUUCCUGAGGGAGCUGCUGAAGCAUGCAAUCGACAACAACCUCACUGCCAACCUUAUAGCUACUCUCUUUGCAAGCCUUCUCAUCAGACCUCCACCAAACCUCACAAGCAGGCAGACCUCAAACGAUCGGCAGAGAGCCAACGAUUUCAUCUUAGGCUUCCUAAUGGGCACCGAUGAUGACUGAGGAGCUCCUGUGAGAUCGUAGGCCAUAACCUUUUAUGAAGGAGGUGCCCUGGUGAUAUAUGAGGGAGAAAGCGUGAGAGUGAUUGAGUGAGUUGAGUGAGUGAGUAGAUGAUGAGCCCUCCCUGCACACCCAUACCCAUUUGGAAAAAUGGCAGCAUCUCAUUUGCACAAAUGCUGCGAUUGGCUCUAAUAUUAUUUUGGUUUAUUAGAGCCUUGUCCAUUGAUAAAUAAAGCAGUUUCAGGUCGAACUGGUGUCGCUCUGAGUUAUAGCUGCAUAUCUGCAUCUUUGCGUAAUUUAUAUGAGAAUUUCAGUCUGUACCUUUUUUUUU